AUGACAGGUGCUGGGUGUGAGGUUGCCAGGUGUGACGGGUACCAGAGAGCUGCAACUAAUAAGACUCCCACGCCGAACUUGAGAGCUGCAACUCAUAAGACUCUCAGUAAAAACCCACCAAACUUGAGAGCUGCAACUCAUAAGGCUCUCAGUAAAAACCCACCAAACUUGAGAGCUCCAACUAAUAAGACUCCCACACCGAACUUGAGAGCUGCAACUAAUAAAACUCUCAGUAAAAACCCACCAAACUUGAGAGCUGCAACUCAUAAGGCUCUCAGUAAAAACCCACUAAACUUGAGAGCUCCAACUAAUAAGACUCCCACACCGAACUUGAGAGCUGCAACUAAUAAGACUCCCUCACCGAACUUGAGAGCUGCAACUAAUAAGACUCUCAGUAAAAACCCACCAACCUUGAGAGCUCCAACUAAUAAGACUCUCACACCGAACUUGAGAGCUGCAACUAAUAAGACUCUCAACUCCCACACCGAACUUGAGAGCUCUCCAACUAAUAAGACUCCGCCGAACUUGAGACCUCCAACUAAUAAGACUCCCACGCCGAACUUGAGAGCUCCAACUAAUAAGACUCCCACGCCGAACUUGAGAGCUGCAACUAAUAAGACUCUCACGCCGAACUUGAGAGCUCCAACUAAUAAGUCUCCCACACCGAACUUGACAGCUGCAACUAAUAAGACUCCCACACCGAACUAG